AUGGCAUCCAACCACGGUAUCAGCCUUCACGUCACCGUCUACAUCGACCCCGAGAACGUGUCCAAGUUCUUGGAGUACUUCAAGCCAGUCUAUGACAAGGUAGUCGCAGAGCCGGAAUGCACCUUUUUUGAAGUUUACCAGUCGCCUGAAGACCCAGGCACGCUUCACUGGGUUGAGAACUGGAACCAGACAACUGAUUGGCUGUUAAAUGUCCAGAUCCCGAAAGACUAUUACAAGGAGUACUUUGCUGCCACGGAACCCAUGUUUGUCAAGCCACGGGAGUUCAAGGUCUAUAACCGUCUAGGCUCUCAGUACUACACAGCCAAGUAA